AUGGGUCACGAAGAUGCCGUUUACCUCGCCAAGCUGGCCGAACAGGCUGAGCGCUACGAAGAAAUGGUCGAGAACAUGAAGGUCGUCGCCUCCGCCGAUGUUGAACUCACCGUUGAGGAGCGGAAUCUCCUCUCCGUUGCCUACAAGAACGUCAUUGGUGCCCGCCGUGCGUCGUGGAGAAUUGUCACCUCGAUCGAGCAGAAGGAAGAGUCCAAGGGCAACGAGUCUCAGGUCGCUCUCAUCAAGGAGUACCGUCAAAAGAUCGAGUCCGAGCUUGCCAAGAUCUGCGAUGAUAUCCUCGAGGUUCUCGACAAGCACUUGAUCCCCUCCGCCCAGAGCGGCGAGUCCAAGGUGUUCUACCACAAGAUGAAGGGUGACUACCACCGGUACCUGGCUGAGUUCGCCGUCGGCGACCGCCGCAAGGGUGCUGCCGAUGCCUCCCUCGAGGCUUACAAGGCCGCUACCGAAGUUGCUCAGACCGACCUCGCCCCUACCCACCCCAUCCGCCUGGGUCUGGCUCUCAACUUCUCUGUCUUCUACUACGAGAUUCUCAACUCCCCCGACCAGGCUUGCCACCUGGCCAAGCUUGCUUUCGACGAUGCUAUUGCUGAGCUUGAUACUCUGAGCGAGGAGAGCUACAAGGACUCGACCCUGAUCAUGCAGCUUCUCAGAGACAACCUGACGCUCUGGACCUCCUCUGAGGCCGAGCCUGCCGCUGAGUCGAAUGCUCCCGCGGCUGAGAAGAAGGAGGAGGCCCCCGCUGCUGAGGCUGACAAGCCCGCCGAGUAA